AUGUCCAACAUCCCAUCUGAGCCUGAGUUCGAGCAGGCUUACAAAGAGCUCGUCAGCACACUCGAGGACAGCACAUUAUUCCAGAAGAACCCCGAAUACCGGACAGCUCUAAAGGUUGUCUCGAUCCCCGAGCGUAUUAUCCAGUUCCGUGUAGUUUGGGAAGAUGAUGCCGGCAACCUACAAGUAAACCGUGGAUACCGUGUCCAGUUCAACUCGGCUCUUGGCCCUUACAAGGGCGGUCUGCGAUUCCACCCUUCCGUCAACCUCUCCAUCCUCAAGUUCCUGGGCUUCGAGCAGACCUUCAAGAAUGCUCUCACCGGAUUAAACAUGGGUGGUGGCAAGGGAGGAGCUGACUUCGACCCUAAGGGCAAGAGCGACAGCGAGAUCCGCAAGUUCUGUAGUGCUUUCAUGGAGAGACUUUGCCAGCAUAUCGGUGCUGAUACCGAUGUGCCUGCCGGUGAUAUUGGUGUUGGCGGCCGAGAAGUCGGAUACAUGUUCGGUGCCUACCGUCGUCUAAGGAACCAGUGGGAAGGUGUCCUGACAGGCAAGGGACUGGACUGGGGUGGAAGCUUGAUCAGACCUGAGGCCACAGGUUUCGGUCUAGUCUACUACGUCGAGGAGAUGAUGAAGUACGCGGGCAAGGGCAGCUUUGCCGGUAAACGCGUGUCGAUCUCGGGAUCGGGUAAUGUUGCACAGUACGCCGCGCUCAAGUGCAUAGAGCUCGGCGCAACCGUCGUGUCUCUAUCUGACUCCCAGGGUUGCUUGAUCGCCGAGGGCGACGCCCACUUCACUCCCGAGCAGAUCGAGGAGAUUGCUACCGUCAAACUGGCCCGCAAGCCCCUGACCGCCUUCAGCGGCAAGUCUUCCUUCAAGUACAUCGAGGGUGCACGCCCCUGGGUUCACGUCGGCAAGGUCGACGUUGCUCUACCUUGCGCUACCCAGAACGAGGUCAGCAAGGAGGAGGCUCAGGCGCUAGUUGACAACGGCACAUUAUUCAUUGCCGAGGGCUCAAACAUGGGCUGCACACAAGACGCCAUCGACGUGUUCGAAGGCGUCCGCAAGACAAAGGGCUCAGGCUCCAUCUGGUACGCGCCCGGAAAGGCCUCCAACUGCGGCGGUGUAGCCGUCUCUGGACUCGAGAUGGCACAGAACAGCCAGCGACUCUCAUGGACGCGCGAGGAAGUCGACGAGAAACUCAAGCAGAUCAUGCGCAACGCCUUCGACAACGGCCUCAAGACCGCCAUCGAAUACGUCCAGUCCGCCGAGGGCGAGCUCCCCUCCCUCGUCGCCGGCAGCAAUAUCGCUGGCUUCGUGAAGGUCGUUUGCGCCAUGAAGGACCAGGGCGAUUGGUGGGGGACCGGGGCCCCUGUCAACGGAGCUUAG